UGAAAAGGGAAAGAGAACAAAACAAACCAUAGAGGGUGAAUGAUAAUGUGUUGUGCAGGCACCUCCACCUCCACUGGAUGCAACACUCCCACUCCUUUCAUGGUCUGCAGUCUGUCAUCAACACCCAUCUCCAAGGACAGCACAGGCAGGGCUCCGUCAGUGGCUGUGCAAUAAAAACCACUCACGACAUAGGUCCAUCUCUAUCCUCUGCUCCAUCCACUGUGCCCACUGUCCUCUCUGCAACCUCAGCUGUACCUGGUCCAUCUCUAUCCUCUGCUCCAUCCACUGUGCCCACUGUCCCUUCUGUGUCUUCUGCAACCUCAGCUGUACCUGGUCCUUCAUCUGCGGUCAUCGAGAUUGAUGUGUCUUAUUCAGCAUCCAGUUUGGAGCAGGGAUCAGCAGCUCCACCAGUUGACCCAGCUGAGUGUCCCUCUUUCCUGUCAGACUCAGAAAGGACUGAACAGUACACAGUGUGAGGCAUUCAUUUGUGCUACACUGACAUCUCUGAAUGGAUGCCUGCCCACCACCUCAAGCUCAGCCUUGACAAGAGUGAACUGCUCGUCUUUCACGGCUGCUUCUGCCCUCUGCAAGAUCUUUCCAUCAUCACUAGCAUCUCUACAGUGACCCCUGCUGCCUGUCAACAAUUUCACUGUAAUUCCUGACAACCAGCUGUCAUUCAUCAAACAUUUGCCAUCACAACCACAACUCACACCUAUACACUUUCACUCCACAUCAGCCAAUUCAGAGCCUCACUAGAAACUCAUCACCUCCUAGCUCUUUGUCUAGACUACUACUCCCAAACACCUUUUAGACUGUGUUUCAUAUGAGAAGCUACACUAGUGACCUCUGGGUGUGGCCAAUAGACCAGUGGAUGCAAUUCAUGGGGAACAAGUGACAGAAAAGACUAAUAAAUUAGCUCUUACUCACUAUCUAUGAAAAGUAAAACUCUUAUUUCACUGAGGUUACUUUAUUAAUUGCAGACAUCUUAUCACAUGAGUGCUUCCUCUUUGAGAAAGUGGAGCCUAAGCUGAGCUGUUCUUUAUGAAGAAGUGGUAUACAGUGCUGCCAGCUUUUGAAUAAGCUGAGAUAGGUGAUGAACCCUCACAGAAUUCACUGUGUUAUGCAAGCACACUGUCAGCUGAUGUCUUUCAAACAAUAAAGGUGACUGAUAAAAGGCUUUGACACAAAAUUAUGCCCUGAAACCAAAACUUAAUUUUGAACAAGUAUGUACAUAUAGAAACCUUUCUUUACCAAGCUUGUAUGCUCCUUCUUACUCAUCCUACUUUUGUAUUGCAUUUUUCUGUGUUUUUUAGGAUCAUGUUCCAUUUAGUCUCUGCUACCAGGAUGGCUUUAACCUUAUUCCUUUUCUCUCAUCGCCUGAGGCCAAAAGGUAAAUGGAGGAUUCUAUCAGUCCAAACCCCAAUGCUGCAAAAGGCUUUCAACUCCACCAAUUGAACUCACACGCAGCAGAGCUGUCAAGCUAAGCUGCUGAGCCAUGUGAAGGACCAGUGAGGGGGAAGGAAAAAGCAGACGCCAUUACUGUCUGUUUAUGCCAACCAGAAAAGGGAAGAAGGGAAAAAAACAGGGUCAUUGAGCAGAAUUGAAAUUGUGCUGUGAUGCAAACAAAGAAAGCCUAAGCUAGGAGGGCUAUCAUCGAAACCUCAUCAGGUGCAGUAAUUUCACUGUGCACUGGUUUGGUCAAUUUAAAGGUGUUAUUAGAGAUCCAUUAUUUUCAAAAUGCUUAAGGUACUAGGUGCAUGUGCCCAUAUGAGAGUGAAACUUGCCCUCAGUUUGAGGUAUAGAGCUACAUUACCUAAUUCCUUGUCACAAUGUGUGUUAUGGUCUUUUAGUGUCACGAAGGGCUAUUGCUUCUCAUUUGUCUGGACCAAGAGUACCCUGAUCAAAUUGUGACCAUUUCUUUGAGAGUAGAAGACUUGCAAGUGUAACCAAUUGCAAGUAAUGGCAGCGUAACAGUAAUGGGCUCAGCCUGCUUUGUUGCAUCGGUAGUGUUUACAGGCCACUUCACAGAAACCAAGUGAAAGAAAGCUAAGUCCUUUAGACUCAGAUAAAAUGACAUUGCUUUUGUUUGUUGAAACACAAUGGUAACUAUGAAAGGAUGAAACGUUUCAGUAGAAGGGACCACAAUGGUGAGAUAAUAUUGUUUAAUCAUUGAUGACUCUGAGGAUAUAU